AUGAAUCAACGGUGUUUUUCAUAUGAUGACUUUUUCAUUGCAACCUUUUUUAACAAUAUAUUUCCCAAGUUUCCAUAUGAUUCAAUUGUCGGAAUAUUAAGAUUAUUAUCUAUUCCAGAAAUUGUUAUACUACAAACAUUGAUUAACGACGACUAUGUGAAAGGGAUUAGAAUAGAUCAAAUAACAAAACAAAGACUUACUGUCCGUUAUAGAGACAGUAAAAAGGGAAUGGAUCCAUGCCUUUUAAGGUCAAUAUUUCAAGAAAAGUUUAAAAUUAAAACAUUAUUUCAUACUAUAACAGAUUUAACUAAAUUUGAACACAUUAAUCCUAUCCCAGUAGAAUUUAACUUCCAAAGUACUAAAUCAUUUCCAAUUCUAUAUUUGGAUGAAUUCAUACGAAACUCAAACAGCUUUGAUAUUGCUUUAAACUUUUUUAUGCUAAAAUAUUCCCAAUUUAAGAAAUUAGAAAACUGUAAAAAGGCUAUGUGUGUCAGCAUCAUACGAAUAAGUGACAUUGUGGGAAAGGGAAACCAAUCUGUAGAUUUGGAUCUAUCAAAGUAUUCAAAUUUAAAAGUUUUUGAAUGUAGAUAUUGUUUGAACUUUAAAAGCUUGAGAUUAGAUUCAGCCUUCAAUACGUUGACGAAGUUAAUAAUACCUGAUGUAUGUGAUCAAGACUAUUUAUCAAAAUUUAUUAAUCUAAAAUAUCUUGAUAUCAACUUUAAAGAAGAAUUUGUGAUUAAAAAAGUACCCAGAACCAUUGUCACUUUGUGCUUGAUUAGCUAUAAUGAAAACAGUGAAAUAAUAAUCCAAUCACAAGAUGAUUGGCCCAAAGGUCUAGAGUCAGUUGAAUUUAAUGUGUUUCGUAAAGCAUUCGAAGGUGUCAUUAUUGGGUUGCCAUUUUACUUAAAAAAGCUAACAAUUAUGUAUAGAGAUAACUCUGAAUUUACAGUUAACUUACCAUCUUUACCAGCUUCACUAAUCGAAUUUGAUAUUGCAACUCUUGGAGACUAUACAUAUAUGGAUCUGACUAUUGUCAGUAUUCAGGGUGACAAUCUUAAAAAACUAGAGUUCUUCCGUAUAUGUCUACUAGAUGAUAGUACCAAACCAGUUUAUAUUGCACCAGGUAUAGAAGAAUUUAAAUUUAGACUGGGCAAAUGUCUGUUUGAUUUGAAUGAUCUUAAUUUUGAAUAUGCUAAAUUGAGUUUAAAGAAGUUGGAGAUAUGUUUCAUGGAGAAACAUGUUUUCACUCAACUAGAUUUUGAGGAAUUUCUGAAAUUGGAAUCUGUCAUUCUAGAAAGCUGCAUUAUUGAAAACUUAAAUAACUUAAAAUUGCCUUUAAGUUUAAGACUGUUGAGAUUUCGUUUAAAUCAUUUUAUAUCAGUUGACCAUUCAUGUCCAUUAUUCGGUGAUCCAAUGAAAUAUCCCAACUUAGUUCUGCUUUCUUUCAUGAACUGUGAUAUAGAUUAUAUUUCAACUGAAAUACAAUUACCAAAAUAUCUUCAAAUUCUAGAAGUACCACUCAGUAAUAAUAAACAAUUAUUUUCAAAGAUUCUUAACCAUGAAUGCUUAACCUAUUUAAGAAUAUUUCCAUUAACUUCUUUAGAAUACUUUGACAAGUUUAAAGAUUUUAGCAUUUCAAACUCCCACAAUAAUAGUAAAAUCAGAAGAUUAGAAUGCAUUUUGCCUUACCCUGCUUCUGAUACAGAUCUUACGGUUAAAGUUUAUAAGAGUAUUGAGAAGGCCUUUGGAAAGAUAAUUGAAAGAAAAUGGUUUCGCUCUAAUACUUUCCAUUUUGUUCUUGGGCUGACCUAG